AACAUACUAAGCUUCAAACUCUCUUGAUCACAAGAGACCUCAUCAUUUCCCCCUCCCUCUUCCCCUCCCUAGUUCUAUCAUACAUACUUCUUCCGUGCCUCCCCCUGCUUCUCUUCGCUGCCUCCACUUCGCCUCUCCACUACUACCACUACUACCACACCACCACCACCACCACCACCACCACCAUCGGACUCAUCCACUUCUCCUCUAGCCCGACCUGACUAUUUCUCCUCCCCUCGAGACUUCUGAGAACUCUCUUCCUCUCAGUCUCCUCCAUCUUCAACUCUCCCCCGGUUACACCCAUUCCUCUAUUUGGGAGUCUCCGGUCCUGUCGCCCUCUCACCAACCACCCAAACCCCGCACCCUUCGGCCCCCCCAAUUUACACACCGCCUCUUGCUUCUCUACAAUCAUCGACCGGCUUUUUCCCAGGGAAAAAAAGCCUUUUUUUCAUCUUUAUCUUCGUCAUAUACACACUCACAGUUAUGGCAAGAUAUUCUCAACCAUCUUUUGACUUCUACCAACAAUCCCCCUCCACAUUGGACGCCAAGCCGUCAUAUUCAGAAGAGGACGAGAUGAGUGUACUAGACGAUAAGAUCCUCGACUCGACCUCCCCCGAACUCCCUUCCACUAUUGCCGACCACCGGAGAACCUCAUAUGACCAUGCACCCGAUGCAUUCGCGCAUCGAGAUUCCGUCUGGUCCGACUUCUCCCAUUCCGUCUCUAGCAACCAGUCCCGGCACAACUCCCAAGUCAACCAUGCUUUCUUUGAAACCGCCCCCAAUCCUUUCAUGCGGGUAGACGGCGCCCAUCCCUCCGCUGCAUAUGGCCAGCAGGCAUCCUGGCCGCUCGCGAAGGACUCGGGCUCCUGCACACCCACCGCCAUGUACGAUCACUUUCCCUCGGAACUGGACCACACCGCGUCCGCCCCCUUCGCUGGUGGCGCCGUCGGUCCUGUCAACACCAUCAACAUCCCGUCCAUGUCAUAUCGCCCCGGCCUCGCCUUCGCGCACCCGGCUGCGGUUGCCAUGUCCCCCAGUCCAAGCCCGACCUACCGCAACAGCUCUCCCUUGAGUAUUCGCCGCGACGGAAUCCGCAAGAAGAACGCUCGCUUUGAGAUUCCUGCGGAGCGGACUUUGAGCAACAUCGACCAGCUGAUCAGCCAGUCGAGCAAUGAGGAGGAGAUCAAGGAACUGAAACAACAGAAGCGGCUGCUGAGGAACCGUCAGGCUGCUUUGGAUUCGCGUCAGCGCAAGAAGCUCCACACCGAGAAAUUGGAGGAGGAGAAGAAGCAUUUCACCCAGGUCAUCAACGACCUCGAGGAGGAGUUGCAGAACAUGCGUUUGCGGGAGGCCGACCUCCUUCGCGAGAAGGGCGAAUGGAUGUCCGCCCAGCAGGAGAUCACCCAGUACAUCAACACGAUGCACAUGGAGAAGGAUGAGAUAAUCCGGGUCCACACCUUGGAGACUGCUGAUCUUCGAAAGAAGAACAACAUCCUCAAGGAGACCGUGGAGAAACUGGAGCGACACUCGAGGGCUACCGCUCCCACGACCCUGCCCACCGAGUUCUCUGACUUUGAGAACUUGACCAUGGACAGCAGUCCUUGGGAGGAUUUUACUAUGGUGAACAGCCUCUCCCUGGAGGCGGAGCCUGUUCCCACUUCGGCACACUCCUCGUCGUUGGUGGUGUCCACGAACGACAAGGAGAAGUCUGCGACCAGCGAUUACCCCUUCAGCUGGAACGCGUUCUACAUGUGCCUGCUGUUCGGAGCCUUCAUUGCCUCCAACAGCUCCUCGCUGUCUCGCUCUAUUCCCCAGCUCUCGGAGGAGUAUCGUGCGGAGUCCGCGAACGUCCUCAGGGCUGUGCUGUCCUCGUCUCCGCCCGAGUUCGCCCAGUCCUCGAACCAGGCGGCCGUCGCCUCCUCUUCGGGGGUGCCCAUGCCGACCACCAUCACCGGAGCCGAGAUGGCCCAGAUGACCGCCGGCGCGGUACCCUCGAGCCUGGAUGCGCUCCACAACACGCUCACGCUGCCUACCAAGCAGCAAGAGCAGGAGCAGGUCUUUGCCCUCAACGCGGACCAAUACAACUCCCUGACGACUUUUGACGAUGCAGGCGUCGAUUACAAGCAGCAACAGCAGCCUUCUAAUCUCCAGCAAGCGCUCGCUGCUCUGCGCGGUAACGGCGCCCACAAGAUUCCUAACAAGGCCACCUCUGAAGUCUACUCUCGCUCCCUCAUGUGGGAUCGAGUCCCUGAAAAGGUGAUCCGAGACUUCAGACGGAUGGUCCAGGAAUGCGGCGUCUCCCCCGUAAAGGAGGAAGACUCCGCCUUCAGUCAGUAG